AUGGGCACUACUCUGCCUGUCAACAAUGGCGGACCGUUUGUGAAGGAAGUUCGGCUGUUUGGUUUGUUCAGUAAUCUCUGCUAUGUUUCCAAACUAUCUGAGAGAACUGCGGUCGAGCAGUUAACAAAUCAUAUCAAAGAUAAUGAUCUACAUAUGGGUCUCCAAUCUGCGUAUAAGCAACAUUACAGUGUAGAAUCGGCGUUACUCAAGGUUAGAAGCGAUAUUCUGUUAAACAUGGAGGCGCAGAAAGUGACACUGUUGGUCCUGUUAGACCUUAGUGCAGCUUUUGACACGGUCAAACACGACAUUCUGCUACAGAGGCGGAAGACAAAGUUUGGUGUCAGCGGAAAGGCUCUUGAUUAG